UACAAUUUAUAUGUCAUAUUUACAUAAUAUUCCUCAAAUUUUAAACAAAUACUUCCUAUUUUAAUUGAUUUCCCAACAUCACCAUGUCUUGCCCCAAAAAAUUCAACAAAGAAAUGCUGGUGGCGUUUGGAGCCGCCUUUAUGCACUACAUCGAAAAGCACAAGCUGAUGGAGGUAAUGAGUCGCAUUCUGGCAGAGAUUCUGGUGGCCGAUGAUGUCACCGAUGUGCGUCUUUGGAUGGGCCAGAAUAUCCGAAGAAUUGGAGUUGACAUAUAUUCCAAAUCCUUGGAUGCCUUCCACCGCGGAGUGCAGGGGGAUUUCUACCAGUUGCCAAGGAACUUUUAUCACCGAAUCGUGAUCCAUGGCAAGCCGGGAUCGGGUCGCAAAUCCCUAGCUCAUGUACUGGCCCAACGCUGGGAUCUGCUAAUCCUGGACGUUGAUGUCCUUAUCUAUCAUAGCAUUAAUGGGGCCAAGCAGAACGAGCACACCCGUCUGCUGCAGGAGGGCAUCGAAGAGGAUUGUGUCUACAAGAGAUCCGAGGCUGUGGGUAAUCUUAUCCAGAGUCGGCUCCUGCAGGAUGAUGCCCUACACCGUGGCUGGAUACUUUUCAAUUAUCCAAACAACAAGUGCGAGGCCAAGCAUCUUUUCGAGGGCUUCACCGUGCCCCCAAAUAAGUUCAUAUUUCUGCAAAUCGAUGAACGCAUGGCCAAGAUAAGGAUCCUGGUCAAUAGCUACUCUCCGGGGCCACAGUCAAAUAUCAGUUACCUGGACCGUCAGAUGCAACAGUUCCGAAAGAGUGAACCCGCCUUGAAUGCCUAUCUAAGCCAGCGCCGUGAGGUGAUCUACGUGGAUGCCACACCUUGUUUCGAGCAGGUCAAAUGCGAAAUUAUCUCCCAACUGACCAAAACGCCCUACAUUCUGGGCAAGAAAUACGGCGAGGCGAAUGCCUUAGUCUGAAUUUGAUACCAGGCAAAGUGCCUAGGCUACAAAAUUGACUAAAAAUGUGUGUUUGAAAGUCCUUUCUCUGAUUACUCUCGUUAUUAUUAUUAUUUGCUCAAGUGUC